AUGUCAUUGCAUUGUCUCUGCCAAUCAAAAACUUCAUGUUCCAUGAUGCAUGGCGCGUCAUGCGCAUGUCGUUGCAUUUUGUCGAUAUGACAGAUUUUCUAACCUAAAAUUGUUGUCAACUUUAACUAUUAAUAUCUCGCUUCAUGGUGCAAAGCGACACUUUUUUCUGUUAUAUUCGUUUUGUGCAAAAACGCAUCGAAUGAACAUAAUUUUAUAGAUAUUCGAGGUGAUAGCGCUAAACUGAAUAGUUACCAAAAAACCAAAUUGUGACAGUAGUCGCCUGUUAAUCGAAUAGUUAAAGUUUUGAUGACUGGCCACACACUAAUCGAUUAAUAAAUAUUCAAUGAGAAUCACGAUGUGUUUUGACGAAAAAAAAGACGAUAUUUUAAUAAAUUGAUAUUAAGUUAAAACUAUUGUUUUGAUAAGCUUAACUAAUCCGCGAAUAAUGCAAUUACAAAUUUCGCUGGAUAUUCCAUUGGAUGACAGAAGUGGAUCGUCGUGGCCGAGGAAAGAAAGGCGGAAAUGGUUUAUGUCAUUGUUAUGUGGAACAUGUUUGAUAUAUGCCUCACGUACAUCUAUCCCUUUAUUGAUGCCAAUCAUCAGUAAAGAAAAGCAUUGGUCAAAACCUGAAUCUGGUAUUAUAUUGUCGAGCUUUUUCUGGGGAUAUACGUUGACGCAAGUGAUCAGCGGUUAUAUUAGUGACAGAAUUGGAGGGCAGAAAGUAUUAUGGAUAUCCGCUCUCGGUUGGUCGGUAACGACCUUUUUCAUGCCAGAAAUUAUAGAAUUUUUUUCCAAUGAUCAGACUUCCGUUUUGCUUGUUGCAGUGGUGAGAAUGAUAAAUGGAGCAUUUCAAGGAAUGCAUUUUCCCAGUAUGAUUAGCUUAAUUAGUCAACGUUUGCAUGAGGCUGAACGUGCCUCUUUCUUUAGUUUGUUAACAUCAGGAUCUGCUCUGGGUACAUUACUUACUGGAUCAUUAGGCUCUUAUCUUUUGGAGAAUUAUAACUGGAUGACUGUCUUUCGAAUCUUAGGGGGCAUGAGUUUGGCAUGGACAACCUUAUUAAGCUAUCACAUCCUGCCAUUUAAGGAAAGAACUAUUUCUACUAAGUCAAAUACUAGCUACUCUUUGCCUUGGUUCAAGCUUUUAUCAAAGCCUCCUUUCUGGUCCUGUGUUAUUGGACAUGCUUGUCAAAAUAAUUGUUUCUUUGUAUUACUUUCAUGGAUGCCUACAUAUUUUCAUGACAUAUUUCCCGAAGUUAAGGUUUGGGUUGUUAAUGUUAUACCAUGGUUAUCGAUGCUACCUUGUACAUUUUUGGGAAAAGUUAUGUCAGAAAGAAUAAUAAAAGCGGGUUAUUCUGUGACUUUAACGCGCAAAACAAUUCAAACGAUCUGUUUUGUCACUGAAAUUGGGAGUCUCUUGUUUUUGACAAAAGUGAAAAACUUUCAAAGCGCAGUAUUGUGUCUUGCACUGAUUAUUGGUGGUUCCGGCUUUCAUAAUAAUGCUAUUGCUGUAAAUCCUUCGGAUCUUGCACCAAAACAUUCCGGCAGUGUAUUUGGUCUGAUGAAUACCGUUGGUGCGAUACCUGGUUUUCUCGGUGUAUAUUUUUCCGGAUACGUUUUACAUGUAACACAUAGCUGGCCUGUUGUAUUUUUACUUAUCGCUAUUAUCAAUGCUUUAGGAUGUGUAACAUAUAUAUUAUUUGGCUCGGGUCAAGCAAUUAUAUAAAUUAUAUCCUGUA